AUGUCUACAUGGUUCUCUCCAAGCCGCCCUUCGACCACAAACAAUGCCACGACCACAAACAAUUGCAAUUCACAGACAAGUCAAGUGCCUUCUACUAUAUCAACACAAGUAAACAAACAACAAACCAGUUACGCUAAAAUAAACAAUAAUAAGCAUAAGAGUAAUGUGUGCAGUCUCGCAGAUAAUCUCAACCACGAACAGUUUCACACGCUCUCAACUUAUUCAAAUGUACUCAAAUCUGCCAAUUCUGUGGAAACAACAGAAUCCAUGUUUCCAAACUUCUUAACUUCUUACAUGGCACGGCCUCGAUUUGUGGAUGUGCAUAACAGAAACAAGAACCCGAGCGUAUUUUCUGAUAGUACUAACACCGCCGUUGUAUGUGACCCCGAGGAACGAACGACUAAUUGUUUUAAACGUGAGUUGGUAACCUCCGUUGAAAGGCCCUUCACAACACUCUCGAAAAAACUAGACCGCAUAGUGGGCUUAUUGGAGCGGAUAGAUGUAAAGGUUAACGACUGUAAAAGCUGUAAAAGUGGUAGUAAUGCCGAUGUAGGCGCUAAAAGACAGCUCUGUACAAUGAUGUAUAAACCAAACGCUGAUAUGACAAAGGAGCAACUGAAAGAUAUACUGCAGGAUGAUAUUAUGGCCGAUGUUGUUGUGAAAUUGCAAGAGUGCUUGGAGAAAAUAGCAAGUGGACAUUACCAAAAGCUGUAUAGAGAAAUCGUAGCCAUAAAAAACGCGCCUUUACAAGAGAUUAUUACAGAAUCGACGAAGAACCGUCAUUUGCUGGAAACGUUGUUGGAGAAGUUACAAUCAACGAAUUUUCAGGCUACCAUCUGUGAAAAAGUCAGCGAACAAUCUGUAUUUUCUCAAUAUGUCCGACAACGCAAGGUAAAAGAUGAGCUUCUCGAAUGCACAAUGCCGCUAGCUGCAGCUCACAACAAUGUCUCUACAACGGACAUAUAUUCGAAUAACAUUGACUGCCUCAUGGAAGCUACUGAAGCUAAUACAAAUCUUACACGGGAUGCUGCACGUCGAUGUAGCAUAUCACAAGCAUUACCGUUGUUAGACGAAAUUGAUCAUAAUAAGUCGAAAAUAAAAAGGCUUAAACGAAAGCUAGUCUUCGACGACGAAAGCCUACGUACAACCAUGCCAU